AUGAGAGGGAUACCUGGACUGGCCCAUUCCCUUAUGACGGUGGUUCUGUCCGAAGCUUCACCUUCCCAUCUAACUUUACUCAUCCAAGCUAUUAUAUUGAAUUCGAAGAAAAGUCCCACGGACCUUUUUGCUUUGCGUCAAGACCGCUCUCGAAAUAUGGAUCACCGACUGCAGCAUUUGCCCAGUUUGAUGGAAACUUUGAUCCAAACUGGAGUUGGCAAGGCGAGUUGGACGGAGCUAUUUCGAAAGAUGCUUCUUAUUACAGCCCCUUAA